UGGAUGGGAUAGUCCACUUCUUUUUCCUUGCAGUUCUGGAAGCCAUCCAGCACUCCCCUCCCUUCUCUGCAGAGACAGCAGCUGAGCACUGCGGCACACGGAGACACUGAGUGCUGCGGAAGACGGACAUACUCAGGGAAGAAGGUGCCAAUAAGGACAAGAAAAAUGAAUUAUUUACUGCCAAUAACAAUAAUGCUAGCGGUACUCCACACUGGAUACUGCCAGAAGAUCACACAUCUCACAGCCUGCCUCAGCGGACCAGGCCCUCAGCUACGUAUAGACUGCCGAUACCAAAACAUCACAAACAAUCCACUGCGCUAUGAGUUCAGGAUCAAACAAGAUAGAGAACCUCAAUCAAUCAUUAGUACCAUAAACGUUAACUUCUUCAGUGAAAGAUACCAUAACAGGGCCAGCUCGGUCAUCUCCCGUGGGCUAGUCCAGCUUUAUCUUGAGCGCUUCAAUGCCUCAGAUGUGGGCCUUUAUACCUGUGCUCUGAAUAUUCCCGGUGACCUGACUCUUAACCAGACAGCCUCUAUCAAGGUCCAGAAAGAUAAAUUAGAAAGAUGUGGAGGAGUCAGCACGCUCAACCUCAGCACAUCAUGGCCCCUUCUUCUGCUUCUCUCCUUGCCUCUGCUCCAAGCUGGAGGAUUUCUGUAUCUCUGAGGACCAUUCUUUGAAAAAAAAUAUUAUCCCAACAUGACCAGAGAUAUCAUCCCUUUUUCAUGGCAUGGCUUGCCCUUGUUACCCAGCAUCACCAAUCAAAGACAUUUCCUCUGGCCCAGAAGCUUCUACAUGGUAGAAAACACAGGCAAUAAACAAGAAACAAAAUCAAUUUCUUAAAAUGACAAAUGUAUCACAGUAAUGCUUUCAUAUAAACUAUAUAAAUAUUGUAUAUCACAAACA